AUAUUAAGGACAAUCUCUUGAAAGCUGAGGAAGAACGAAGAUGGAAGAAAAAUGAUUCAGAUCUUUAAACGUUUCUUAUGCAGUCAUCCAAUAAAGCCAACUCUUAAAGCCGCAACAGGUUUGCAGCUUGUGAACUGGAGUUUAUAAAAAAAAAAAAAGUGGUCAGUUGCUAUUUGUGUGUGGGAACAGACUACACAUUUUAUCUCUUCCAUCUUCACUUCGUACACUACGAAAAAAAUGAGUUGUGUGCCAUGGAAAGGUGACAAAACCAAAUCAGAAUCACCAGAAACGCCACAGCUAAUGCCAGUGCAUAUUUAUCAUGAAAAACAACACAGGGAGUUGUGCGCUCUCCAUGCCCUCAAUAAUGUCUUCCAGGACAGCAAUGCCUUUACACGAGACACGCUACAGGAGAUUUUCCAGAGGUUGUCUCCCAAUACCAUGGUGACCCCACACAAGAAGAGCAUGCUGGGAAAUGGGAACUAUGAUGUGAAUGUCAUCAUGGCAGCUCUUCAAACUAAAGGCUAUGAAGCAGUUUGGUGGGAUAAACGUAGGGAUGUUAAUGUAAUUGCCCUCUCUAAUGUGAUGGGCUUCAUUAUGAAUUUGCCCUCAAGCCUCUGCUGGGGUCCAUUGAAACUUCCCCUUAAACGGCAACAUUGGAUCUGCGUUCGGGAAGUGGGAGGUUCUUACUACAAUCUUGACUCCAAACUCAAGGUGCCUGAAUGGAUUGGAGGUGAAAGUGAGCUCAGGAAGUUUUUGAGACACCAGCUGCGAGGAAAGAACUGUGAACUUCUCUUGGUAGUGCCUGAGGACGUAGAGGCACAUCAAAGUUGGAGAGCAGAUGCAUGACCUGCAAACACCUUGUUCUUGCACUACAGUACUGGUCCUUUCCCCUCACCAACGUCUAUGUUCUGUGAUGUGGAUAAUAAGUGCUCUAACUCCUCUUCCCUGGAACUUGGG